CCGCACAUACAUGGCACACUUCAGCUCUCAGCUCCCGCCGUUAGAGCGUGCGAGCUGUUGAACGUGUGCCGUGUUGUAGCUCCAAAUGAACGAAUCGUUCACUUAAAGUGAGUCGUUCGUUCACGGCACAUCAAAAAGAGUCGUUCAAAAGUAACGACUCGUUCAUGAGCGACACAUCACUACUGGCAACUUGAGUUGUGCAUACUGCUGUAAUCUGUGAUUUUAAUAAUUUGUUAUUUUAUCAUGGGCAAGUGUAUUGUAGGACAUUGUAUAAAUAGAAGUGGACAUGUUGGUAAAGAGAGACCAAAAAUUUCUUUCUUUAGAUUUCCAAAGGAUGUUAACAUGAAACGAAGAUGGGUGAAGGCUAUUAAAAAACAGGAUUGGAUACCAUCAAAAUUUUCUAGUAUAUGUUCUAAUCACUUUGAAGAAAAAUUUUUAACUUUCUAUAACAAUGGAGUCCGCAAAUUAGCAAAAAAUGCAGUUCCCACAUUAGAUCUACCAGAAAUAACUUGUUCAACUAAAGGCACUCAAACUGAUGAUAUAAAUUCAAGUAAUGUUGAUGUAUCAACCAAUUUUAAUUUUUUUUAUGAACAUGAACAGUCCAAUUCUUCUGAUUCAUUUACAUCUCCUGUCAGCCGACCUACCACGCCGCAGUCGUCAUAUUUUGACUUAAGUUCUACAUCUUCGAUGUCAACUUUCAAUAUCUCGGAUAAUGAAAAGUAUGAAGAGGAUUAUAUAAACAUUUCUAGUGAUGAUACCCCAAGAAAGAAGAAACUAAAAUACGAAGUUAGACGGCUUUUCUUCAUUUCUAAAAAACGAAAAGAAAUUAUAUCCCGCCUUCAGCAAAAUAAUCGUCGUUUAAAAAAGAAAAUUAACAGUUUAAAAAGUAUUCUCGACAAACUUCGUGAGGAAAAAUUGGUGAAUAAUGAUGAAAUUACAUUUAACGUAUUUUGAAGACAAUUUGCGUAUAUUAGAAUUAUUUUUAAGAAGUAUAUUUAAAAACAACGGGUCCACUCCAAGAGGUUAUUCUCCUGUACUUCGUUCUUGUGCCCUGAAGUUGCAUUAUUAUUCACCAAAAGCUUACGAAUACAUAAGAGACACAUUUGGCACAUGCUGCUUACUCACCCUGGAACAACAAGGAAAUCAAAUAAUAAAUGGAAAUCCUGGUUUCACAAAAGAAACCUUUCAGAUUCUUAAAAGCAAAUCUGAAAAUUCUAAUGAAAUAAUUGUCGUUAUUUUGAUAAUUCAUGAAAUGGCUACCUAUUCGUCAACACAUAUAAUGGGAUGGCAAAAAAUAUUAUGCAUAUGUAGAUUACAGAGCAGAUGUCACUAUGGAUAUAGACAAUAUACAGUUGCAAAAGGCAAAAGAA